AUGACCCAUUCUCUACCGCGCCAUGCCGCUCUCUUGAAGAGUCAGAGGAGCUUGCAAACACGCACAUUCUUUCGCUCAUUAUCAUCAUCACCAUUAUCGCGUGCUUCUACGCCACUCCCAACAACUGCAAAAUGUCCCGCUCCGACCUGUGCUUGCGCACCAACUCCUUCCAUGCCCGAAGGGCUACCCAUCGAUCUUUCGCGAUCGCUUAACGCCACAAUGGCACCAUAUACGCAGCAGGUAUUGAUAUCAACGGGGCAGACGAACUGGACCAGUCGGAUUGAAGACGAUGGUGUUGUCAUGACCAACUCCUCUUUCCAGCCUUCGUCGCACGCUUCCUCUGCGUUCGCAUCCGCGUUUUUGUUUCCCGCCUUCAAAUACAUUCCCAAAAUUCCUGUCACUACCGUAUCGGCUACUACCAACCAAGCAAGUCUUGAAUCGUUUGUGCGAGCAUAUCUGCUCCCACGCAAGCUGCAUCCUGCACACGCAGGCAUCUCAGAAGCCCAGAAGCAGUCAAUGACGAGCUCUUCAGCGUACCUUUCUCAUUUUCCCGAUGCUUUGGAUAUCAAACAAUCCCCAACUAUCCUGAUUUGCGGUCAUGGAGGUCGAGAUAUGCGCUGCGGUAUCAUGAGACCCGUGUUGCAAGCCGAGUUCGUGCGUGUGCUCCGCGGGAAAGGGUUCAGUGUCAACAGUGACGAGGUUACUGGCACUGAUAAUGCUGCCACUACAUUCGAUGGACCGACCCAUGCCAACAUCGCAUCUAUCAGUCAUAUCGGUGGACACAAGUACGCCGGUAACGUGAUUAUAUACAUUCCACCAGCUUUCGUGACGACAUCUCCUUCAUCACCAGCAAGCGCAUCUGUAUCCAGGCCUAGCCCACUGGCCGGCAAAGGGAUAUGGUAUGGACGUGUUGAGCCUAAACACGUAGAAGGUCUUGUUGAGCAGACGAUCUUUAACGGCACGGUUGUGGAAGAGCACUUUCGCGGUGGCAUUGGAAUGGAUGGGGAAAUCUAUAGAUUAUGCCUUGCCAAGAAUGGCUUGCAAGGUCUUUUAGGACACUCUGCCCGGAUCAAUCGCGCGCAGCCUCUAAUUUCACCAGCUUCAACAUCGCGCUCCACAUCGUCGUCGUCAUACCUAGACCUUCGCGCCGUCGAUAAAAAAUGGCAAGCACGAUGGGCCGAGGCCGAAAAGGAAAAGAUGGAGAGACUCAAUGAUAGUGGUGAUUGCUCCGGAAUUGGAUCGAGGGAAAAUAAUGACAAGGAACGACCAAAAUCAUAUAUUCUUUCUAUGUUCCCUUAUCCGUCAGGUACAAUGCACAUGGGUCAUUUGCGAGUCUAUACUAUAUCCGAUGUGCUGAGUCGAUUUUAUCGCAUGCGUGGGCAUGAUGUCCUACACCCAAUUGGAUGGGAUGCGUUCGGUUUGCCGGCUGAGAAUGCGGCUAUUGAACGUGGUAUUGAACCAGCCAAGUGGACCGUUGAGAACAUUAGGCGUAUGAAGGACCAAUUGCGAAGUUUUGGACCUGCUUUUGAUUGGGAAAGGGAGUUCAUGACGUGCUCUCCAGAAUUUUAUAAGCAUACACAACGCAUAUUUUUGAUGUUGUACGAAAAAGGUCUUGCAUAUCAGGCUGAGGCCUUGGUCAAUUAUGAUCCUGUGGAUAAGACGGUUUUGGCUAACGAACAGGUUGAUGCCAAUGGCUUUUCGUGGCGGUCAGGGGCCAAGGUCGAGCAGCUCAAAUUGAAGCAAUGGUUCUUCCGCAUAACUGCGUUCAAAGAAGAGCUUCUUAAAGACCUCGAUUCUUUAUCUGACGGCUGGCCAGAGCGUGUUUUGUCCAUGCAAAGAAAUUGGCUGGGAAAAUCCAACGGCGCAAAGAUCAAAUUUGCUGUUACCUCCAAGCACAGCAGUAAGCUAGAUGUCGAGGUAUUUACGACUCGUCCCGAUACGCUGUAUGGUGUUGAGUAUAUCGCACUAUCUUUGGACCAUCCUCUAGUCCAAGAGGCUGUAGAUUCAGACGCUGGCCUGAAAGCUUUUCUGGACGAAGCAUCAUCUCUGCCGCCAGACUCGAAGGCAGGAUAUCGCUUGAAAGACGUUUAUGCAUCUCACCCCUUGCAGGUUAUCGACAAGGAGACGGUUCAAAUCUCGAGAAAAUUGCCUGUCUUCGUAGCUCCCUACGUUCUAAGCGGUUAUGGCGAAGGGGCUGUCAUGGGUGUUCCUGGACAUGAUGCUAGAGACCUGGCUUUCUUCAAGGCAAACUUGCAGCCAGAAUUUAUCCCAAUAGUCAUCCAACCCGAACCUCCAGUUCCUGCUGAAGAAGUAUCCGCCGACACCAACAUCCCAUCCUACGAUGCCAAAGCCUAUACAAGUGAAGGAUACUUGACCACAAGAUGUUGGAAAUACCAAGGUCUAAGCUCCAAGGAAGCCGCAAAACAGAUUGUGACCGAUCUCGAACAAAGCGGUCGUGGCAAACAGGCAGAGACAUGGAGACUCCGCGACUGGCUAAUCAGCCGUCAACGUUAUUGGGGCACUCCAAUCCCCAUGAUACACUGCACCAGCUGCGGCACAGUGCCAGUACCCGUUGACCAACUGCCUGUGAAGUUGCCUGAGAUCCAAGGUGACUGGUUUAAAGCCCAGAAAGGGAAUCCGCUAGAGUCAGCUGCAGAUGACUGGCUGCAUACGGAGUGUCCGCAGUGCAAUGGCCCGGCAAAGCGUGAUACAGACACCAUGGACACCUUUGUCGACUCGUCAUGGUAUUUUAUGCGAUAUCUGGACCCGAAAAAUGACUCUGCGCCUUUCUCUGCUUCUGUGGCUCGCCCUGUAGACAUAUACAUCGGAGGCGUGGAGCACGCGAUUCUCCAUCUUCUCUAUGCCAGGUUUAUAUACAAGUUCCUUGCUCGAACGGACUUAUUCCCUGAACUAGCGCACACGCGCUCCCCUACAACCACAACGGCAACACCAGCAGAGCCCUUCCAGACCCUGUUAUCGCAGGGCAUGGUGCAUGGGAUAACAUACUCGGAGCCGUCAACAGGUCGGUUUCUGUUGCCGUCCGAGGUCGAUUUAUCAGAUAAAAAGAACCCUUUUAUCAAGGGUACAACUGUGCGCCCCAACAUAUCAUACGAGAAAAUGUCCAAGAGCAAACACAACGGCGUUGAUCCGAUGAUCUGCGUCGAUAAAUACGGUGCCGACACGACGCGCGCACACGUUCUCUUCUCAGCGCCAAUCGCUGAGGUGCUAGAAUGGGACGAGACCAAAAUCGUGGGCAUUGAGCGGUGGUUUGGCCGGUUGUGGAAAUUUGUCCUCGAUUCAGCUAAGAAGCUGGCAUCAGCGGAGGGAUCGAAAUUGUCGGCGUUACUGUCACUAGAAGAUAUACAGCAUGAACCGCACGCAUUCAGAUUACCGAAUCUCAUCGAUCUGCCCGACUCUGAUGUCGACGUCCUCCUCGCUACGCAUCGCACUAUCGUCUCCGUCACAAACUGCAUUGAUCAGAAUCCUUACGCCUUGAACACGGUCAUUUCCGAUCUGACGAAAUUGACCAACACUUUUAUCUCUUCUGAUCCAACGAAUCUCACAAUCUUAUACACGUGCCUCUCCUCUCUUCUCCGUCUUUUAUCCCCCAUUGCCCCUGCACUUACGUCCGAGACAUGGGAAAUCCUACACUCAGCUAUCCUUUCUUCUUCCUCCUCCACGCACAUGCUCCCAAUCAACAUCGCAACCACAACCUGGCCCGCACCACUUCUCACCGACACCGAGGCAAACGCACUCUCGUCUCGAGGCGGACAACAAAUCGGCAUCCAAAUCAACGGCAAACUACGCUUCAACGUGACAAUACCACGUCUUAUAUCCACUGCCAGCAGCAGCAGUAAUACAGAUACAAAGACAGAGGAGCAGAAUUGGAUUGUGGACCGCAUCCUGGAAACAGAGCAAGGGAAGUUGUGGCUCAGAGAGAAGAAUGAUUGGGAAAAGAGGAAGAGAGUUAUUGUUGUGCCUGGGGGAAGGGUAGUGAAUGUUGUCUUUUGA